AAUUCCUACAGGGGGCGCUAAAACUCUUGCACGCAGAACAGAAGUUGGUGAUGGGGUGAAAGAGGAAUCAAAGCAGAUACAAGGACAUUAUACCUGUUGCAGAGGAAAGGAAAAUGGAUGUACUUGUAAGCCUAAAGCAUGAUGGGAAGCUUAGUGAUUACCUGUAUAAGGCAUAUGCCUCCAAACAUUUGUGUGAUGUGGAGGUAGUGACAUCAGACCAAUCCACCUUUUACACACAUCGACUCGUUCUGUCAACAUUCUCCGAUUACUUCCAGAGGAAAAUCAAGGGACGUCAAGAUUCUUAUAACAUGGUCAUUUCUAUAGAUGUGGACUCAGCUGUGUUUAAAGUGCUGAUGGAAUUCAUGUACACAGGUCAGUUAUGUGUCACUCCACCUGAGCGAAUUUCUCUCUACCACGCUUCAGUGGUUUUAGAGAUGGAAACAGCACAAGAUCUCUUGCAACAGGCUUACAUAUCCAGUGAAUGGCCUGGGAUAAUGAAUCCCAAAGUCUUAAAGAGUGCAGCUGAAUCAGAUGAAAUUGUCAAGGAUGUACAUGUACAAGAUUCUGAGGCCAGAGAGACCAAUAUUCCAUCAGAAGGUGAUAUGACGCAUGACAUAGAGAAAAGUUUAACAAAAAACAAAUUGUCUGAUGUACAGUUAAAGAAAAAGAAAAGAGGUAGAAAGAAAAAAGAGAGUAAGGUUAACGUAGAUGCUGUCCAGCAAGGGGAGAUAACAAAACCAGAUAGCAGAAGAGACACAGUGUUAACAGAUAACCAAAUGAUUACCAGAAAUAGAGGAAAACGGAGGCCAGUAGUGGACAAAAAACCCAAAGCAGGAAAGGUGAAAGAAAGUUCAAAGGAAACAUGGAGGAAAGAAACCAAGAAAAAGAGGAAAAAGGAAAAUGUCACCAAAGUGGCAGUUAAAAAGAUAACCAAAAUCUGGAUUCCCAAAGGUGCUAAAAUUAAAUGUGAGACUUGUGGAAAAACACUAAGCUCUUAUUCUGCAUUGAAGAGACACACUGUUAUACAACACAAGGAGAUGCCUCUAAACUACACCCACAGCAGGGCAAUAUUGAGCAACAUCACAAAGAGUUCAGGAGCCAUGCGUUAUUGUACAUUGACAGACAACCCUAAAAAGUACAUGUGCACUCUGUGCUCCUGCAGCUUUCAAUAUUAUAGCCUGUUCUACAGACACACUCAGGAAAACCAUAUGCAGGUCAAUCAGGGGGACAAACAAGGGGUUUAUUACAGAAUUGCCAAACAUGUCCAGAAUAUGAAAUCCAUAUUUAGUCCAAAAAAGAAAAACAAGGGGAAAACAACAAAAAGAAACAGGAGAAAAGCAUCCAAUAAAGUGUAUGAAAAGUGCUGCUUUUGCCACUCUGUGCUUUCUAAAGGCAGAAUAUAUGCCAGCCACCUUAUCAAGAAACAUUAUCUGAGUUUUGAGAAAGCUAAAGAGUUAACAGGGUAUCCUAAGUAUCGCCUGCAGCAGAAGUGGGAAUGCCCAGAUUGUAACCUGACUUUUGUUGGAAACAAGGCCCUGAAAAGUCACUUUGAGGGAGUGCACCAGCUAGAUGAUAUGAAGUACCCAUGUCCUGAAUGUGACAGUUCUUAUUCCUCUCUAGGGACGAUCAAAUCACAUUUACGCUGGGUGCACAAGAGGACGGUAGCAGAAGUGCGGGAGGCAUUAAAGAACUCCGUCACCUGUGAAGUAGAGGGGUGUAACUUCACCACAGGAAACAUGGUGACCAUGAAGCUUCAUGUCGUCAAGGAGCACCCAGAAGUAGAGUACAAGUGUACCGAGUGUAACUUCACAUUUCACGUGAAGAAGACCCUGAAUCGGCACAUGAUCGUUAAGCACCUCUGUCGGUCUGAACACCUGAAGAAACAGUGUGACACAUGUGGAAGAAGAUUCUGCAAGAACUCUCAACUUCAUGUGCAUCAGUUCCUCAAGCAUGGAAUUUACCAUGAUGAAAUGAAGUUGUACCGUUGUGAACACAAUGGCUGUAAUAAAGUAUGCAUGUCUAGCUCCAGUCUGAAGUCCCACAUGAGGCGCCAUUCCUCAGAUAAAAACUACGAAUGUCCUUAUUGCUCCCUCAAGCUCAAGACAGAGGUAACCCUGAAGAAGCACAUCAACAAGAUGCACCUGGGGAUUCGGCCUCACCUGUGCCAGGUGUGUGGUCAGAGGUUUGGGGAGGAUUCCGAGUUACAGUCCCACAUCAAGAACCGUCACUCCACAGAUAAAGAGUUCCAGUGUGAACACUGUCCAUAUGCUACAGCCAACAAAGCUACAUUCUACACACACCUGUUCAUGGUCCACAAAGUCAAAGCAAAAGAAGACACCAGGAAAGAGUUUCAGUGUCCUCAUUGCGAGUUCACGACUCUACUGGGACACAGAUUCAAGACUCAUCUAAAUGGACACAAGAACAUCCGGGAGUACUCUUGUAACAUGUGUGAUAAAAAAUUCAUUUCUAGCUCAACCUUGAGAGCUCACAAACAGUGGACUCAUUCUGAGAAAAAAUAUGACUGUCCUCACUGUGGAUAUCAGACCAAAACCUCACAGAAGCUGAACGAACACAUUAGAAUUCAGCAUCAGCUGAAAGGAUUCAAACCCUACAGGUGUCCUUACUGUACAUUCACUUGUGCAACCGGUGGAAAUACCCGCAAACACAUCAAACAGAAGCAUAAGGAUUUAGAGGUGCGUUAUAUCAGAGAUGACAGCCUGUUAGAGGCUGCACGGCUAGCCAGGAAAUCCGGAAACACAAUGUCCCUCAAUUACAUCUCAGUCCAGGAGGAUGUGAUUCCAGACACACAGCCAGGGUUUGAGUUGCAGGAAUUCCAGUUACCGCCACAGCAAGAACCCAGUCACCACGGAAACCACCAAAUUCAGCUGACAGCAGCACCAGCUGUGGUGGAGGUCAGCAAUCUUCAUACACUGACUAAUGUGGCAGUCCAUUCUGACCCAAUUAUUGACCCCAAUCAUCAUGUACACCCCAGUAGUCUAGUGCCUCAGGAAGUCAUGGUCUCUCAUGAAAACAUUGUAGUUAAUAACCAUGGAAACAUUGUUACCCUUGGUAACGUCCAUCAGCUGACUGAGGAUAGUAUAGGAUACUCAGCGGCCAUUGUGAAUGCCAUAAAUCAAUCUAUGCAACACUUAUAGAAUUAUAUGUUAUGUUAAGGCAUUAAUUUGUGUUUUUUUGUAUCUUCAAACUCUGGAUGAGUUUAACUAUUUAUUAUAAUAUCAUUUGUGCCUCCACUUACACACACAAAAUAUAUCCAUCGUCAAUGGUAUGUACUAGUAAUGGCUUAUAUAUGUGUAUACACAAAGCUUCAAAGCUAAAUAAUAAUACAUAAAUGUAUUAAAAGUAUGAAGGAAAGAUUUUUUUUUUUUAAAUUAUGUUGGAUUGUUUUUUAAACAUGUUCAAAUGUACCUGUAUUUACAUAUAAAGUUUAUAUCAUAUUUAUGAUUUGAAAGUUUAAAACUUUGAAAUCGAAUUUAAGAAUAUGUUUUCCCAAACCCUGCAAAACCUUUUACAACAUUUUUAUCUUCCAUGCUGAUUUUGAUAUGUUCAGAAAUGUUAAGAGUGAAAUAAAUCAAUUUAACAAUUA